UUUUCAAGCUCUCAUUAUGCUGCACCAGUAGCUCCAGAUGCUGUUUCCAGGGAACUAAGCUGCUUUCUAAUUAAAACUGCAAAGGGCAAUGGAGAGUUUAGGCAAAGACCAUGCUUCUUUGGACUCUUCCCUGCCACCCUCUGCAGCCUGUGAGGAGUAUGCUGUGCCAGAUGUCAUCAUAACCCGUCGCUUGAGAGACCGGGAGUUGCUCAGGAAAAGAAAAGCAGAAGCCCUGGAGAAAGAUUCAGCUCACUGGGUUCUGAGAGACUAUAAGACCGAACAGCAAAGGAGAGCCAGAAGAGCCAAAAGAGGACGGGGCCGUCAGGCAGUGGUCAAGGCUGUCCUGGAGACAGAGCCAGCAGUGGACCCCCAGCCUGACGCACAGGAGAAAGCUGAGCCCGUGCCCUCUGAGCCAGUGCCCUCUGAGCCAGUGCCCUCUGAGCCAGCACUGCCUGAACCAGUGUAUCAACAGCAGCCACCUAUGCUGACCAUCCAGAACAUGGUCGGUGGGAUGCAAGCAGUGGCAACGGAAGGGGAGCUGGCAGACAGGAGCUUGGACCCUGCUGGUGAGGAGGAUGUGCUGAAACCAGCAGAAGCAGAUAUACUAGAAGAGUUGAAUACUCCUCUGGGAAAGGACCACCAGGACAACGAAUUUAACACACAUAUUCUGUAUUAACUAUCUGAUUACUUGGGGAUAUUUUUUAUUUUGACUCUUGCCUCACCAACUUGAUAAGUAUGGCAAGUGAUUUUGAGCAGCUGCUUUUUUGGGAGUCAUAAAGCCCAUACUCUCCUUGUCACUCUGCUUUCUAUGCUUCUUCCAGGCUAAGGAGGCAGCCCCUAGGGAGUUGCCUGUGGCUUAUGAGCCCCCCGCUCUCUCUGCAAACAGGCUGUUUUACUUGGGCCCAUGGAAGGCUUCACAGUGCUCUGCUAUGCUACAGUUCAGUCGUACAGCCCAGCAUCCAUCUGUGUUCCUGAAAGUCAUUUCUUAUUUGUGUGACUGGCAUUGCAGAGCUAGCACCCACUGUGAUUUUUAGCCAACUGGAGAAGCCCAGCUUGGGCUUUUUACUGCAUCCUAUAAACCCCACCACCCUUUGCACCAUUAUUUUCAGUCUGAAAGUUUUCCUCAUAGCCUGUUUUCCUCUGCAAUAAACAUCUUGCUUUCCUAAAGC